CUGCGUCUCCCGGUCGAGCUACGCCUGCACAUCUACAGCUUUGCCCUCCUCGAACGCGAGAUCUGGACGAUAGGCGCCGCCCAGAUCGUUGGCAAGCAACACGAGAUCCUCCAUCGACUGUACGGGGAUGACCGACGACCAUACCCGGGUAUCCCGCAAUACCACGAACCAGUGGUAGGAAGAUACUACGCCGCCUCAUUGUUAUCAUCCACGAGUCCCGGAGUUCUACUUGCCUCGGCCCAGGCGCGGGAAGAUUUGGUGGAUGAGACGCACAAAACAGCACAUACGGCACAUCAAGCCUUGUUGCUUGUGAACAAGCAGGUGCAUGAGGAGCUCACGAGCUACUUCGACGCGCCCAAGAACCGGCCGGCGAGCCUCUUCUUGCAGUUCCCCACUGGACUGCAUGUUUUCCACACCUUGACACCGCAUCUGCUGCGACAGGCCAAGAGCAUACACAUAGCCGGCAGCUACAUCAGCCGGACGUUCAAUUCAACAAGGGCCGCGUGUCUCGGUCCUCAACACCCGGUUGCUGGUAAGGGAGAGUACAGUGGUGGACUCAUCCCUGACUCCCGCACUCAGCUAGGCGAGCUGGUCGCCAGUUGCUUUGGUCCCGAGCCGCGACAUAACCUGACUCAGCUCGACAUCCGAAUCUACUACCCUGGCGAAGACAGCUAUAGCACGGUCUGGGGCGACGAUUCCUCACCCAUCGUUGUGGCUCUACGCAAUAUCUGCUACGGCGACAUCCGGAUCGAGGUGUGGAGAGGUAGAGUUGGAACGGGUGUUUACUUCAGUGCUCGGCCUUGCGAAGAUGGCGAGAAGAGACGACUGGUCAGUACAGUGUGGAGGAGGCUAGAGGAGGGUAGGAAGGGUGAGCCAAGAUGCGGCGAGUGGAUUGUCGAUCCCAAGUGGCCCGUAUGG